CCCCCUCGCUCCUCCCCCUUCUCCCCUCACCUGGAAGCGGUAACGAGGCCUUCCGGUUUUCCUUGUUCUUGUUUUAUCGACGCGCCUUCGGGCAGAGGGAGCCUGGGCCUCGUCUUCCGGAAGUGGAAUCGACUUCCGGAAGAUUCGCCCUGCCCGCCUGGCCCUCGUCUUCCGGAAGUAGAAUCGACUUCCGGAAGAUUCGCUCUGCCCGCCUGGCCCUCGUCUUCCGGAAGUGGAAUUCUACUUCCGGCAGACGUUGCCUCUGGCCUCCCGGGCUUCACGUUAAAGGCAGCGGCGAGGGAGCUUCACGGUCCGCCCGCGUUGUUUCGCCCUCCUCGGUGUGGCGGUGCUGCUGCUGCUGCCUCUCCGCCGCUCCGUCCCCGGUUUAUUUCGAAGGGUUUGCGAAACGCAUGGCCACACUGAUGCAGAUCUACCAGUGUUCCAAGUGCCUGGAGCAGUUUCACGAUGUGGACCUGGCCCUCACGCACGACUGUCCACUGCUGGAGGCCGAGACCAGCGUCCCUGACCCACCCAGCUCACCUCCCGUUGCCAGCUCUCCCAGCCCAAACGAUAACAAGGACACUGAUAUCAACGAUUUGACAGAGUAUAGGACACAUUCUCCAGCUCACAAAUGGGGCGAGGAGACCACCCAGCUGCUCAUCUCGCUCUACAAGGAACGGCAACAUCAGUUCGCGUGCGGAAGGCACAAGAAGAAGAACCUGUGGAACGAAAUAUCAAGCGGCCUCCAGGCCAAGGGCCACAUGUUCACGCAGUGGCAGUGCGAACACCGGUGGAAGAUGCUCCUCAAGGUCUACAGCAAAGUCGUCGACCAGCACAAGUUCGGCAACAGUCGGACGGAAUGCACCUUCUUCAAUGAGCUCGACGAGAUGUACGGGCCGGACGCGGAGAUCCAUCCCGUGGCCACACGCAGCUCGCUCAUCAUGAACCGGCCCUUAAUGGUGCAAGUGGUGCUGUCGGAGCAGGGCGAGCACCAGCUGAGCGAGGAGGUCCCGUCGUCGCAACCGGAGGUGCUAGAGUGGCCCGUUGCAUCGGCCACCGCGGUGGAGGUGGAAGUGGAGGUCCAGGCCAGAGCGAGGAAGAGGCGCAGGGUGAUGUGGAAGAGUGGUGUGCCCCAGUGGGUCAAGGACUUAAAGAAGGAAAGCUUCGACUUAGAGUUGCAGAAGAUUGAGGAUGCACGCCAGAUGCACGAGGAGGAGAUGGGCGUGCUUUCGGAGUUGCUGGGCAUUCUCAAAUCGCAUGUUAAAGGCAAACUUUCCGACGAUUUGGUCGCUUCUGCAACGCUCUGAGGUGUUCCCCGUGCAUCUAUGCAUGGAGAGGAAUUUGACGUGGGCUACAAAACAGAUGCAAAAACAAUUCUCAGAUGCAGAUGAGCUUAAUUAACUUGUCAUUAAUAGGUUUUGCGCCUUAUUGUAAAGUGCCCUGGAAAUGGUACUAUAUACAUACUAAAUAGAAUAAAGGUAGUGUGUGUAGUGUGUUUAAAAACGACUUUGUUUUUAACACAGGUGCAUUGUGCAUUUUUUUAUACUUAAGUUUUGUUUCCAGUGUUUUAAUCAUUCAAACACUGAAAUAUUAUUUACAAUAUGGCAGAGUUCAGAUUUGUUUGAAUUGCUGACAUGUGUUGUACUCGGAUUAAGAACAUUGCUGUUUUUUUAACCCUUCUUUUUGGUGGUGUUACUCAAACCGGUAUUGACAAGGCUUGUCCCAAAGCAGGAUCAACAUCCCUCUACCCAUUGAGCUAUUGUGCUGGUUAUUGUUAAUUGCUUACUUCAUGUCCAAAUAAACACGACAAGUAUUUAAAAUUAAUGUUGCAAAUUUAUUUUUUGGUGGGAACGUGGCAGUGAUAUUCAGGCACUGGUCAUUUUCAAAAUGAGCAUAGGUACCAUUUUAAACUACUCUCUAGUAAUAAUAAACUUGCACUUAUGUUUAGAGUGUAUGCAUGUCCCUGCAAUCGGUUACUUUAUGUUAUUCAACAGAAUGGAGCCUGCAAAUAAUACACGUUCUGUGAAUCCAAACUUGCCAAAAACAACUUGCCAUAAUGUUAAAUAAUAAAAGGGAUUGAUUAAGAAUUUCACUGGUAUAUGAAGGCCUCUAAAAUACCGCCACUCGUGGCCCUACGAUGGAACAAUCCACCUGCAAUUCUGCUAAAUCGAAUUUAAGCGAGUUGAAAAAUACAACACAAUCGUGUAGCUAACAUUGUUUAUUAUACCAAAGACGUAACUUUACCUUUAACAUUGAAGGCUAAACAUAACUAUAAAAUAUAAAGGUACAAUCUGUAUUCACAUAUGUACAUAAUUUUUCAUUUCUGUCAAAUUACAAAAUUGCAGUUUUUUGUACUUGAUAUUUUUCGAACGAAAACGACUAAGUACUUGUACAUAUAACAACAAGCAUGUACAGAUCAUAUGCAAGGCCAUGUGUAACAGAACGUGAGUGUCAAAUGGGAUGUUGAACCACAAUGAGAUGAUCCAUGUUGGCUUUAAAUAUAAACCUGGUCUAACGUGCCAACAUUUCUCAAUUGCAACUUUUCGUGCCCACAUCCCAUGGUUUCCAUUGCUGCCAAUCGACGUGCAUGUGCAGCGGAACGCAUUCCCGUUGAACAGAUGAUUGGGGAAAUGUAGGAGUGUUGCACCAGCUGUGGCGAAUGGCGAGACACUGACGCGUGCUUUAAUAAAUGAUGAGGGCU